UGUGUCGCACGUCCUCAGUCGCAAAGCGGCCGCGUCGCGCGCUACCCGCUUCGCACUACGCGGUAUGACAGUGACGUGAUGGAAGGCAAAGAGUACGGUGCGGUUCCCGGCUUGCCGGCCGGAUUGGACUAUUUCAUGAUGCCGCGCGUCUGCCAGCCCGCGCCCCAGUUCGACUUCAGGAAGCUCGGCGCCAGCUUCAGCGGCCGGGACGACGACAGGAGCGACGAGCGCCGCUCGCCCGAGUACUCCGAGCGCCGCGAGCCCCCGCCGGCGCCCUGGCCGCUCGGCCUCGGCGUCCAGUUCGUCAACCCCGCCACGGGGAAGAAGAGGGUGCAAUGCAACGUCUGCCUCAAGACCUUCUGCGACAAGGGCGCGCUGAAGAUCCACUUCUCGGCGGUGCACCUGCGGGAGAUGCACAAGUGUACUGUGGAAGGGUGCACCAUGAUGUUCAGUUCGCGCCGGUCCAGAAACAGACACAGUGCUAACCCUAAUCCGAAGUUGCAUUCGCCGCACGUGAGGCGCAAGAUCUCGGCGCACGACGGGCGCUCGGCGCAGCCGUUCCCGCUGCUGCCGGCGCUGGCGCGGCUGCCGCUGCCGCCGCCGGCGCUGCUGCCGCCCGAGCUGGCCGCGCGCCUGCCGCCGCCGCUCGCGCCGCCCGGGCCCGCCCCGCUGCCGCCGCGAGUGCCUCUCGACGACCUCCGCAAUUUCAGUGAAAUAGAAAAGAUGUACAGAAAAAUCCCUCCGCCCGAGGAGCCGUCCCGCGGCGCGUUAGAUCUCGUUAAACCUUCCGCCGCUCUCGACGAGGACUCGAUUAAUUGUAGUGAAAAUAAUUAUGACGUUUCCGAUGAUGAGAAGGAAAAAUGUGAGGACCGAACCGAAUCACCGGUGACCGAAAGACUAAAUUACGACGACGAGCCUGAAGAUUUGACUGUAAAUAAAAAUAAGAUUGAUGCCAAACCCGCCGCGACCCAGCCCGAGGCCGGCGCCCGUAGCGACCCCACCGCGACCGACGAUAAGUCGUCUCUAGUUCCCAACAAACGCAAGCGAAAAAGUGGCAAUCCCACCCGGUGUUCUCAAAACAACGAAUACAGUGUAUCCGAUGAAGAGUAUCACGGUGAUCUGUUUAGAAACUUGUCGACGCCCGGCUCGAGUCGCGCCGACGACGAGCCGUUGUCACUGAAAAAACAGAAACCGGAAAAGUGGGAGCCAUUUCAGAACGGCGAGGAAGCAACUGUGGACUCGGAAUCGGUGACGCGUGUGAAGGCUGAAAGUGAUUCUGAUGACGAGUCGAGUGCACCGAGCGUGGUGCGCGAGGGGCUGCGGCUGCGCUCGGACCUGUACACGCCGAGCGACAGCGGGAGCGACCUGCACGCGAUGGAGGAGCGCCUGGCCCGAGCGCGCUCGCCCUCCGCCAGCAGCGACAAGACCGACGACCGAACUGAUAUCAACGAUCUCGACAUCCCCAUAGAUGACGAGAACCCCGAUCGCUGCACCGCAUGCAGGAAAGUAUUUCAAAACCACUUCACGCUGCGCAUGCACUAUAGAAACGAUCACUUGAAGCUACUUCACCCGUGCGACGUGAACGGCUGCGACGCCGCCUUCCCCUCGCGGCGGAGUCGAGACAGGCACAGCUCCAAUGUCGACUUACACCGGCGACUGUUGUCCACGGGCUCACCGGACACCCGGGAGCAGAGACCGGGAUUGGAGGUCAACACGGAACUGUUAAACAAGCUUUACGCAGAUAUAAAAGGACUGGCAUCGACGCUGGAAAGUUUGAGAUAUGGAAACGAGGAAGCGGCACAGCUGCCGAGUUACGUUACAGAGACGAUGAAGUUUUACAGUCGUAACUUGAGCGCGCUGCAGGCGGGGUUGUUUCCCCAGUUUGGAGACCGGGGGUUUUUUCCGGCCCCUUUUCUGAUGGGUAACGGGGUCCCGCAGGCCGGUGGGGGCCCGUACGGGGCGCCCGCUGGGGCGCAGUCAGCCCGAGAGUCGUUGUCGCCGCUGUCGGCGUCCUCGCCGCCGGUUAUUUCGCCGGGCAGACUGGACGCAGCUCACGGGAGGCCCCGGGAUGACGCCAAACUGCUUUUUCGGGAGACCUCCGAGUCCUUCAAGAAAAUGACUUCGCUGUGUGAGCGCCAAGAGCAGCUGUACCAGCACCACGUGCCGGUGUCGUGACGGGGCCGCCCCGGCGCCCGCCCGUCCUGGUGAUACCUCACUUCCCGAAGCUAAUGGCGCGCGAUAGACUGUACAUUAUUUAAUUGUUAAUAAUUUUAAUUGUGUUAAUUCUAUUUCGUAUUUCGUUUUGUAUUUUCUUGUGAUAUUUAGACAAAUAUAUGGUAAUAAUCGAUCCCACGAACUGUAAGUUAUAGGGAUAGUCCGCUUGGUGACGAGUCUUUUGUGACGCGAUGUGCAAUACGGAUUCGAAUAUUAUAAAUAUUAAUGGACUUGCGUACGAUAUGGUAUCGUGUAGAGUAUUCGUAAUCGAUGUUGAAAGUAAACGUUAUAAUGAUCAGCUUCAUUUAUUGUUCUGGCGCAAUAAACUCAUUG